AUGUCUCUGACCGAUUCCAGUGACGGAUCUCUUGAUGCCCCGUUACAGGGCCUGAACUCGAAUAAUCAUGGCCCAUGGUUGAUCGUCUGCGCAUACAUUUUCAUCGUCCUGAGUUUGAUGACCAUUUUCAUAAAACUCUUCACCAGAUUUAAAGCAACCAAUCGUUUGACCCCGAAUGACUAUUUUAUCCUGAUAGCAGGAUUUCUUGCUGUGGCACAGACCAUCACCAUAACGAUAUCCGUUCAUUUUGGCAUGGGUCAGCGUCGAAAGAAUCUAUCGGACUCGAAGUUUGAAUCCUUUGAGCAGACUUAUUAUGCUGCAAAUAUCCUGGGGAUCGCAAUUUUGGCUGCAACCAAAGCAUCUGUGACCCUUUUGAUUGUCGCAAUCAAUCCCACGCGGCAGCUGCUCCUCUCUUGCUACGCCAUCCUUGGGUUCGUUGGGCUAUGGACUGUUGCAAGCAUUCUUGCACUGGCUUUUCAAUGCAACCUUCCCAGCCCGUGGGACUUCGAAGGCAACAAGUGUGUCGAUCUAUUUGCGCUCAAUGCUGGAAUCCACACUUUGAACAUCCUCAGUGAUCUUCUCAUCGUCUUGGUUCCGUUCUUGAUGAUGCGCAAAGUUCAAGUGUCGUUCAGCAAACGGUUUAUCGUUACCGGGCUUUUCUCAUCCCGACUAGCUGUUCCCGGAUUUACUGUCGCCAUGCUCGUCUAUCUGAAGCGCCUCUAUAAAUCCGAUGACGUUGACCCUACCUGGGAAGCACUCGUUCCGGCAGUCUUUGCCCAAAUCAUGCUCAACGUAUCUAUCAUUGCCGCAUGUAUUCCUUCCCUCAAACCCUUCCUCGCCGAUAUCAAACCGGGUCUUAUCGUGGUCAAUGUUCCGGAGCAUGAACUUACCAACUCCUUCGUUCGACAAUCCAGGAGUAAGAGUGGGAGCCAGACUAGAAUUCGAACACACAAAUCUGGCGCAGGUAUCUCACGCCUGGCCAGCAGAUUGGGACUGAACAGCAAUGCUGGAAAGACCUUGAAUAGCAGCAGCGACAACUCUGGACUCUGGGGCGAGAAACAAAAGCAAGCCGUCACAAACAUGGAGCUGGGAUAUAAUAGACCUCACGCGACCAAAGCAAGCAGCAAAGUGGAGAUGGACCGCAGUGAGAGCGUCAAGGGAUUGACGGAUGAUGUUAUUCUGCAUACGAUUGACUACAAAGUCGAGUACGAAGACCCAGAUGUUAUCACCGAUCAAUCGAGUGAAAGUCCAAGACGGGAACGAAUGUGA